AUGAGCUCCAUUAAUUCCCAGCCAAUUACCUAUAUUUACCACGUUUGUGAAGACCAAGCUAACAAUUCAUCCGACGCUUCUUUCGAAUCAAACCUCACAGUCCUGCUGGGUUCUUUAUCCUCUAAAGCUUCCGAAAACAACAGCUUCUACAACGAUACCUCUAAUGGCAUCUACGGCCUCUUCCUCUGCCGAGGUGAUGUUAACACUAGUACCUGCCAAAGCUGUGUCAGUUAUGCGGCUCAAAAUAUCACAAGCCUGUGUCCAUCAAAUACAACUGCCAUCAUCUGGUUCGAUCAAUGCAUGUUAAGGUACUCCGAUACUAAUUUCUUUGGAGUGGAAACGACAUCGCCACGAGUCAUCCUGUUCAAUGUCCAGGAUAGAACUUCCCCUAAUAUAACUGAUUUUGGAGGACAAUCUCUACUGAACGGACUAAUAGCAGAUGCUUUAGAAACAGAGAUGUUGUACAAGGCAGAUAACUGGUCCGGAAAUAGCAAUGCGUCGGAGCAUAGAUAUGGGUUGGUGCAGUGUAAUAGAGAUAUCGAUUCUACUUCAUGCGGCAAGUGUUUGGGACAGUUGAUGACUCAAGCCAAUCAGUGUUGCGCAGCGCAGAUAGGGUGGCGCGUUUUGGCCCCAAGCUGUAAUAUAAGGUAUGAGACCUACCAAUUCUUUCAGCAACCAACUGCGCCGCUACCGCCAUCGCCCCCUGUGCCUGCUGUGGAUGAAAUAACAAGUGUUGAAUCCUUGCAAUUUAAUUUCGGCACCAUUAGAGCUGCCACAGACAACUUUUCUGAUGCGAAUAAACUUGGGAAAGGUGGAUUUGGGGUAGUUUACAGGGGUAGGCUUUCAAACGGACAAGAGAUAGCAGUGAAAAGAUUAUCCAAAAACUCUGGACAAGGAGAUAUAGAAUUUAAGAAUGAGGUUCUACUAGUGGCCAAGCUCCAACACCGGAAUUUAGUUAAGCUCUUUGGAUUCUGCAUGGAAGGAAAUGAAAGACUUCUUAUAUAUGAGUUUGUGCCUAACACAAGCCUUGAUCACUAUAUAUUUGAUCCGAUGAAGCGUGUAGACUUAGAUUGGGGAAGGCGGUAUAAAAUUAUAGGUGGCAUUGCUCGAGGGCUUUUGUACCUUCAUGAGGAUUCCCGACUUCGGAUUAUUCAUCGUGACCUCAAAACUGGCAACAUUCUAUUAGAAGCAAAAAUGAAUCCUAAAAUUUCAGAUUUUGGCAUGGCAAGAUUAUUCGUAUUGGAUCAAACUGAAGGCAGUACAAAUAGAAUUGUGGGGACCUAUGGAUAUAUGGCUCCAGAAUAUGCAAUGUUUGGGCAAUUUUUGAUAAAAUCAGAUGUCUUCAGCUUUGGUAUCCUAAUUUUAGAGAUUAUAAGUGGUCAAAAAAUUACUAGUUUCCGUAACACACAGAAUAUGGAGUACCUUCUCAGCUAUGCAUGGAGAAAUUGGAGGGAGGGGACAGCUUCGAACCUCAUAGAUCCCAUCUUAAUGAAGGGUGGUUCAAAAGCUGAAAUAAUGAGAUGUAUUCACAUCGGUCUACUGUGUGUUCAACAAAAUGUAGAUGACAGACCAGACAUGGCUUCAGUUGUUCUCAUGCUUAAUAGCGAUUCAAUCGCUCUCCGUUUACCUACAGAACCUGUAAGCUUUAUGAAGAGCAAUGUUCAGUCAGCCACACCACUGCAACUGGAUGUCAAUUGCGCAAGAACUAGUUACGAGGCUUCAAUUACUGAGUUAUCUCCUAGGUAGUGUUUCGUGGAAGGGGGCUAUAAUAAGCAUGUUUGUAUAUAAAUUUCACUCGCUAUGAUUCAUCUGAUGCCCCAAGAUUAGAUAUC